UGAAGGCCGUUCUCCGUUGUGUCUUGCAGGGAUAUCAGCAUGAACAACAUUACACAGCUGCCGGAAGACGCAUUUAAGGACUUCCCGUUCCUGGAGGAGCUACAGCUGGCCGGCAACGACCUCUCCUUCAUCCACCCGAAGGCCCUGUCGGGGUUGAAAGAGCUCCGAGUCCUCACCCUGCAGAACAACCAGCUGAGGACGGUCCCCAGCCAGGCCAUGCGGGGCCUGAGUGCCCUGCAGUCCCUGCGGCUCGAUGCCAACCACAUCACCUCCGUGCCCGAGGACAGCUUCGAGGGGCUCGUGCAGCUGCGGCACCUGUGGCUGGACGACAACAGCCUGACGGAGGUGCCGGUGCGGCCGCUCAGCAACCUGCCUACCCUGCAGGCGCUCACGCUGGCCCUCAACAACAUCUCCAGCAUCCCCGACUUCGCCUUCACCAACCUGUCCAGCCUCGUCGUGCUGCAUCUGCACAACAACAAGAUCAGAAGGCUGAGUCAGCACUGCUUCGAUGGCCUGGAUAACCUGGAGACCUUGGACCUGAAUUACAACAACUUGGAAGAAUUUCCCGAGGCUAUUAAAGCGCUUCCCAGCCUGAAGGAGCUGGGCUUCCACAGCAACUCCAUCUCAGUCAUCCCCGACGGCGCCUUCAGCGGCAACCCUCUGCUCAGGACCAUACACUUAUAUGACAAUCCUCUGUCUUUCGUGGGGAACUCGGCAUUUCACAAUCUGUCGGAUCUACAUUCCUUGGUCAUUCGCGGCGCGAGCAUGGUGCGGAGCUUCCCCGACCUGACCGGCACGGUCCGCCUGGAGAGCCUGACGCUGACGGGCACGAGGAUCGGCAGCAUCCCCCGCAGCCUGUGCGAGGAGCAGCGCGCGCUGAGGACCCUGGAUUUGUCUUACAACAACAUAAGAGAUCUUCCGAGCUUCAAUGGCUGUCGUGCUCUGGAAGAAAUUUCACUGCAGCGAAAUCAGAUCUCCCAGAUAAAGGAAGGCACCUUCCACGGGCUGGUGUCCCUGAGGACUCUGGAUCUGAGUAGAAACCGGAUCCAUGAGAUUCACAGCAGCGCUUUUGCCAAGCUUGGGGCAAUCACUAACCUAGAUGUAAGUUUCAACGCACUGACGUCCUUCCCCACGGAAGGCCUGAGCGGGCUGAACCAGCUGAAGCUGGUGGGCAACUUCGAGCUGAAGGGAGCGCUCGCACCGAAAGACUUCACGAACCUCAGGUCUCUGUCGGUGCCCUACGCGUAUCAGUGCUGCGCCUUCUGGGGGUGCGAGUCCUACGCGAGCCUACACACGGAGGACGGCGGCCUGCAGGACCAGGGCGCGGGUGCAGCGGGCGCGGGGAACGGCUCGGCCAGCGCGGAGCGCCAGGAGCACAGUCAGAUAAUCAUCCACUGCACGCCGCCCACAGGCGCCUUCAAGCCCUGCGAGUACCUGCUGGGAAGCUGGAUGAUCCGCCUCACCGUGUGGUUCAUCUUCCUGGUGGCGCUGCUGGCCAACCUGCUGGUCAUCGUGGCCACGUUCGCGGCCGGCGCGGCGCCGUCCUCCUCCAAGCUGCUGGUGGGCCUGAUCGCCGUGUCCAACCUGCUCAUGGGCGUCUACACCGGCGUGCUCACCCUCCUGGACGCCGCGUCCUGGGGCCGCUUCGCCGACUUCGGCGUCUGGUGGGAGACCGGGGGCGGCUGCCGGGCGGCCGGCUUCCUGGGCGUGUUCGCCUCGGAGAGCGCCGUGCUGCUGCUG